AUGGCAGCUGCAACGACAAAGCUGGGGAGAGCUCUGCAACAAAGACGCACCUUCGUCAAUGCUAGAGUCAAAUGGGUAUGUGACCAUCACCUCGACGAAGCUGUUCAGCGCGAGAAAAACCUCAAACAAGUUCUCUCUCUCAAGGAUCGAAUCGUAUCGUCUCCUCCCAAAUCACUCCCUCUCUCAUCCCUCUCACUCCUCAAGCCUCUCGUCAAUCUCCACAUCACCGCCGCCGCGUUUUUACUGAAAUACCCAUCUGUCUUCACCACUCAUCAGCCGUCUCCUUCUCAUCCUCUCCACGUUCGCCUCACUCCCCAAGCUCUAUCCCUCCACAAGGAAGAAGAAGAGACGAUUCACCUAUCCCCGCCUCACCGUAACGCCACCGUCCAACGGCUGACCAAAUUCUUGAUGCUAACGGGAGCCGGAAGUCUUCCUCUCAACGUCGUCGAUCGUUUCAGGUUCGAUUUGGGUCUCCCUCACGAUUACAUCACUUCGCUGAUCGGCGAUUACCCGGAUUUUUUUGAAGUAACGGAGAUCAAAGAUCGGUUAACGGGUGAACCGACGCUUGCUUUGGCGGUCUCUUCGCGGCGGAGCAGCCUCGCUGUGUCGGAAAUGGAGAGAAGAGAAGCCAUCGUUGAUGGGUCUCGUGUGAAAAAGGGGUUGCGUAUAAGGUAUUCGAUGAAUUUCCCCAAAGGGUACGAGUUGGAUAAACGAGUGAAGGAAUGGGUUGAGCAGUGGCAAAACCUUCCUUACAUCUCACCUUAUGAGAAUGCCUUUCACUUGGGGUCGUUCAGUGAUCAGGCCGAGAAGUGGGCGGUCGCAGUACUUCAUGAGCUUUUGCACAUCUUGGUAUCGAAGAAGACUGAGACAGACAAUGUGCUUUGCUUAGGUGAGUAUUUAGGGUUCGGGAUAAGGUUCAAGCAGGCUUUAGUACACCACCCGGGUAUAUUUUAUAUGUCGCAUAAGAUUCGGACCCAAACUGUUGUCUUAAGGGAAGCUUACCAUAAAGUAUUCUUGAUAGAGAGGCAUCCAUUGAUGGGGAUGAGACAUAGGUACUUGUAUCUUAUGAGCAAAUCAGGGAGAGUGAAGAACCGAGACUAUGUGCCUGGAAAUGAGAGAAGCAACCAGAAAAAUAGAGGAAUCAAAGCUUGUGAGGAUGGUGAAAUUUAUGCACAUAGCAGUCGGUGAUCACACAGGAUAGUCAUAUAGCCGG